AUGUUCAAUCGAGAAAAGAAUUUUUAUGAGAAUUUCGAAGUGAAAGAAGAGCAAGGAGAUACCACAAACACUGAAUUUGCGUUCCCAAGACAAUGUUUGGUGUUAGGCGACCCUCGCGUUGGCAAGACAAGUCUCGUAAAGUCGUUAACUGGAAGGCCGUUUGAUUUAAACGAAGAAACAACGCAAGGAAUUGACCAGAGUCUCGUGGACCACGAAUGGAAAACUUGCGACAUGAAGGAUCUUGUUUUUGGUGACUUAUGGAGAUAUCUCAAAAGCGGCGACGUGGAGUUGGCGCUGAUUGGAACCGAAGGGAAAAUUAGCAAGGUUCUCCUCCAGGAUUUAGAUAUUAUAAUGACCGAUGGUCUUCUGCGACUCUUAUUUUACUUCAUUGCUAUUUCAUUAACAUGCUUAUUUCUCGUAGGGACAGUAUUGAGAUGUCCUGUAACAUUUCUCUUAUUUUACCACAUUUACUUAAGUCAUCUAAUAUUUCCGACUUUUGCCUUAACCUUUGAGACUUCAACUGAAUUUAAGUUCAUACUCGCUGCAUUGGUUUUCACACUGAGCUGUCCGGGAUUGUUAAUAGGAUCAUAUUCAGCAAUAAUGAUUUGUUCUAUUCAUGAUAGUUAUUGUGACUUUGCCAGUACUCGUGAGUUUACCGUGUUGAGCACAGUUACAGGUAUUGCCUUGCUCACCACGUUCCUCUUCAUAGGACCACUACAACUACCCUUUGGUUUAGAUCAACUAGUAAGAAACCAAACCUUUACUAAGUUACUCUGCUAUUGUCGAUUACCAUUAUCAAUCUCUACGGGAUUAAUUUUGGGCUUUAUUGUUUCAAUGUCGCUCAGUAACAGGUCUGACAGAAUUAGCUAUGAGGAGACCGAGUUAUCGUUACCAGAAUCAGAAAUAUCAACUGAAAUCAACCCAUGUACAUGGCUAACGAAAUAUCUUAUAGCACUCCGCGUCCCCCUCUUUUACGACGUUCUUGCGACGUUUGUAAUGGAAUUCCCGAUCAGAAUUUUGGGCACGAAAUGUUUUCAAAACAAAUUUUUACGAGCUAUGAAGGCGGACAGAACAAAGAAACCUUCCGUCGCUUUUUUUCUCGUAUUUUUUUAUUAUUACUUUAAAAUAGUAUUUCAAGUAUUGACCGAACCAUCUUCGACACUUUGUUAUUUUUUCAUAUCACUUUUUUUGUACAUCUGUUUAACUGUACAUCAGGAAUGGUUUUGUAGCGAUUCGGAAAGUAAUGACACAGUAUUUGCACACCCUUCUAAUAAUUUCUUGACAUUUGCACUGAUUGGAAAAGGCAAAAUUAACAUAAAUAGGCUUCAAACUGCCCUAAAUGAUAAAUAUCCCUCUUUGAAACUAAAGGUCCUUGAUUUUGCCGGUGAUAAAGAAUAUUAUGCGUAUCAUCAUAUGUUUCUCAGGAGCCAGGCGGUGUAUCUCAUUGUAUUUAACACUGCUGACUUUGCACACGAUGGCCUUGAAAAUUUUAGUUCUGAGAGGCUUCGCUUUUGGUUUGAGUCUGUCUGCAGUCACGUGCUGCCAAAAACACCUAUCUUCCUUGUUGGAACACACAGUGAAACCAUGAACAAGAAGCGAAAACAGAUAUUGAAUGACCACUUCAAGCAAACUCUUUGGGGACCCUAUUGCGAUGAGCUGAUUGUCAAUGAAGAUGACGAUUUAAUCUACUUUCCAGUUGAGAAUUCAAAGGGUGAAAAUGAUCUUGGGAUUCAAAAGCUUCGAAUAAAAAUCGUGUCUGCUGCUGAGGAAUACAAGCCCCCUGCAGGUCAGAAGAUUCCUUUGUCAUGGAUAAGGAUUCAAGACGCAAUCAUCCAGUUGAGGCAAAAGAAGGCUGCCAGGUUCUGUGUGACACUGAGAGAGUUUCCGUGGGCAUUUGGUAACAGAAUUCACACCCACUGGUCUGAAGAAACCUUGAAGUACUUCCAUGAACAAGGCCUGGUAAUAUACCUUCACAAAGAUAAAGACCUGUCUAACUGGGUUCUACUCAAACCAGAAAUUCUGGUGGAUAUCAUCACCCAGCUGGUCACGUCAUCUCCUCAAAUGACCCAGACGAGAGGGUUGAGGAGUGACUGGAGACUUCUCCAGGAAAAGGGAAUGCUAACAAAACCGCUUCUGAUCAGCAUCAUUGCUAAGGUAAAGGAAAAUGAGGAAGCCAUGAUUGCAUUUCUUGAAGAAUAUGAUUUGAUCUGCCCAUUGACCAACACAAAAGUCAAAAUUGCUAGCUUAAGAGACAGAGAGAAACUCCAGCCAACUCACUUUGUUCCAUCCCUGGUACCGAAGUCUAAAGAUGGAUGCAUCCCAGCAUGGUAUGAUGACAUGAGAGAUAAAAAGUUCUUGGUGUUUUUCGAGAGGUUCCUACCAGAACCCUUGUUCCAUCGCCUGCUGUCUCGUGCCCACAAGAACAGUAAGGUGGAGUUUCCAAAUGGUGGAACUGUCGUGUUCAGGGAUGUUGGAAAGUUCUGGAUGAGUCCUUGGCAGCCAUACAGGCUUAAGCUGAUGAAGAAAGAGGGUGUCAUUGAAGUCACAUUCAGUACCGGGUAGUUGUACACCCUUUCUUCAACAACUUAAGGGACUUAAACUUUUCAUAAAUUUGGUCAAAAAGCACUCAAAAGAAAUGAAGCUGUGGGUUAUUUGCUAAAAUGUACAUGGUUUUGCUCGGGGAUCGUGUGUGUUUUUGAGUUUUCUCUAACCAGAACCUUCUUUUUACUUAAUGACCUGUAGCCUAGAAGAUGGUGAUUAUGCAGGUGACUUGGCUUAAGGUGAAAUUGUUUAUGGCCAGACUGGCAAUGUGCCUGCAAAAUUUCUUUCUCUAAACCUUUUCUCCACCAACGCUCAACACAUUCCAUUAUUUUCCAGCAAUAGUCGAGGAAAGAAGCCUUCAGAUGUUUUGUGCCAAGUGUACUCCAUGGUAGAUGGGAUUUGCAAGAGGUGCUUCCCUUUCGUAAAGUUUCACUGCGGACCUGCCUGUUCCUCAACCAAAUGCCCUGGUUACCAAGACAACUACAUGUACACACCAUAUCAUCAUUACCGACGACAUGUGUUCAAUAUCAUGCCUGGCCGUCAAGUAGAUAAGAACGCCUCUUUGUACUGUGUCAACAAAUGUUUUGAAGAUGAACUGAAGGACUGGAUACCAUAGCUGAAUGAGCUAUCUUAACUUAAAAAGGUAAUAAAGCCAAACUGUCUCCCACCAAGUUUUUUAAACCAUGCUACUAACCAGGGAACCCAGACAACAGACAUGUGAUCUACUUUCCUUUCCACUGGGUCAAUUACAAAAUCACUGACAUUAACUGAAACACAAAAUAAUAAAUAUGUCUAAAUCUGAAUCUAAAGAAUCAUUAAAUAUUACAUUUUAUCUCUCAUGUGCACCCUCUACACUAAGAUUGCAACAGAAAUGUAAAUUUUUGAGUCUUAAUUUGUCAAUUUUCUAAAGAGUUUAUCUUGACUGAGAACAACUCAUUGACUGUGGAUCACCACUCAAAACUAAGCUUUAAAACAAAGAUUGUCAAAGUCUAUGAGAUCUUUGCCCAGAAAAUUUUUGCCUUCUUGUGCUGCAAGUAUUAAAUAUUACUCAAUCAGUUUUGUCUUUGUCAGUUUCCAGGCAGUAUGAAGAUUUCUGAAGCAGACAAAAUUGGUUGGCUUUCGUGAAGAGCCAGAACUGUAUGUUAAACUGAUAUUUCCAGUUAAGGAGUUAACAAACUAUUAUUGUUACAAUUCAAUAUAAUAUGAGACUUGCACACCCUUGACAUAAAUUUGUGUUGAAAAAGUUUGUAAAAUGUGGACGGGUAUAAACUAAUUUCAAUUUUUUCAAAAUUUAAACAGAAAGAACUUUGUUCAGGAGACAUUCACAGUAACAGAAACUUAAAUAUUCUACAUUUUAUGAUUAGUGGAUUAAUUUGGCCUGUUACACAUGUGCAUUCAUUUUCUUACACUUAAAGUUAUUAUGAAAUUUAAUCCUUAAGAAAAGACUUGAAGCUUUGGCCAGCCACUGCUGUUGUCAGCUGCUGUUUUUUUUUCUAUUUCAGUCUAUAAAUCUGAGGAAGACUGUGAUAUUCUAAAUUACUGUGAUAUAAUUAUCUAAAAAUCAAAAGUUCUCAGGCCCAUAAAUAAGUUUUCAAGGUUGUGGGGUGUUGUUAUCUAUAGAUGGUAAUACAUCAGCUUUUUAUUUAUCUACAAACUUUAUGUGCUGGAAAGACAUAAUGGGUACAUGUCAGGCAAACAUAUACCUUUGGUUACAGUUACCCUUUCUGCUGUUGCCUAAAUAUCUGGAAAUUAGUAAAUUUAUCUCAGAUAUGGCCUUCCUGGAAACCUGGAGACCAAAAUGAAAAGAGUUAUCAAUUCAGUUGAUUGCUGAAAUUUGCAACAAUAAGGUAAUGUAUAAUCAACUUGGUUCUUACAGAACCAGUCUUAAGCUUAGGCACACACUUAGCUGGUAGGUUGGACUUUACAGAUUUCAAUAUACUUACACAAAUACAAUGUUAGCCUGCCAAGCAGGCAUAAUUUUGGUGGGGGAGUGCUCAGUAUUUUCUUUGCAAACAUUAAGAUUGCCAUCUUUUAUUUUAAUGGUAGCAGAAGGCUGGGGAGAAAAAAAAUUUGUACAGAGGGGAUGGUCUUGCCCUUUCCCUACCCCCACUGUCGUCUCUAACUCCAAAUCAAACAUGGUCGGUCAGA